CUAGAGCCCCCCGCGCGCGGCCCGGCCCAGCCUCGGCCCUCUCGCCCGGCCCGGCCGCGGAGACUCCGCCAGACACAAUAAACUCGGAGCGGGAGCCGGAGCGGGAGCGGGGCCGCGGGCGGGCGGGCCCGGGGCCGGCAGCGACGAGCGGCCGCCCGCUCCGCAGCGCCAUGUGAGCGGCGGCCGCGCAGGGACGCCAACUUUCCCGGGCGCCCGCCCGGCCCCGCGCCGCCCGCAGGCCCCGCGCCGCCCCGGCCCGGCCCCGCCGCGGCCCCUCGGGCCCCGCAGGCCCGCCGCUCGGCGAGGAGACGCACUAAAGAAGUAAACAGGUCAUGGCACGUUUAACAAAAAGACGACAGGCGGAUACAAAAGCCAUCCAGCAUCUUUGGGCAGCUAUUGAGAUUAUAAGGAACCAGAAGCAAAUUGCCAACAUUGACCGAAUUACCAAGUAUAUGUCUCGAGUACACGGUAUGCAUCCAAAAGAGACCACGCGCCAGCUGAGCUUAGCUGUGAAAGAUGGUCUCAUUGUGGAAACUCUCACAGUGGGCUGCAAAGGCUCAAAAGCUGGCAUUGAGCAAGAAGGAUAUUGGUUGCCAGGAGAUGAGAUUGCCUACAGUAUGCAACCUUUCUCCAGGACAGCAACCCCAUACAAGGACUGGGAAACAGAAAAUCAUGACUGGUAUUGUUUUGAAUGCCAUUUGCCUGGAGAGGUGUUGAUAUGUGACCUGUGUUUUCGUGUGUAUCAUUCCAAGUGUUUGUCUGAUGAGUUCAGGCUUAGAGACAGCAGUAGUCACUGGCACUGCCCAGUUUGCAGGAGCAUUAAGAAGAAGAAUACAAACAAGCAGGAGAUGGGCACGUACCUGAGGUUCAUCGUGUCCCGCAUGAAGGAGAGGGCUAUAGAUCUUAAUAAGAAGGGGAAAGACAAUAAACACCCGAUGUACCGAAGGCUGGUGCACUCAGCUGUUGACGUUCCCACCAUACAGGAGAAGGUGAAUGAAGGGAAAUACCGAAGUUACGAGGAAUUCAAAGCUGACGCUCAGCUGCUUCUCCACAAUACAGUGAUUUUCUAUGGAGCAGACAGCGAGCAAGCAGACAUCGCGAGGAUGUUGUACAAAGACACGUGUCAUGAGCUGGAUGAACUACAGCUUUGCAAGAACUGCUUCUAUUUAUCCAAUGCUCGUCCUGACAAUUGGUUCUGCUACCCUUGCAUACCUAAUCAUGAGCUGGUUUGGGCUAAAAUGAAAGGUUUUGGGUUUUGGCCAGCCAAAGUCAUGCAAAAAGAGGACAAUCAAGUUGACGUUCGCUUCUUCGGCCACCACCACCAGAGGGCUUGGAUUCCUUCUGAAAACAUUCAGGACAUCACAGUCAACGUCCAUCGGCUGCACGUUAAGCGCAGCAUGGGCUGGAAAAAGGCCUGCGAUGAGCUGGAGCUGCAUCAGCGUUUCCUGCGUGAAGGAAGAUUCUGGAAGUCUAAGAAUGAGGACCGGGGCGAAGAAGAGGCGGAAUCCAGCAUCUCCUCUACCAGUAACGAGCAGCUGAAGGUCACUCAAGAACCGAGGGCAAAGAAAGGACGGCGUAAUCAAAGCGUGGAGCCCAAAAAGGAAGAACCAGAGCCUGAGACAGAAGCAGUAAGUUCUAGCCAGGAAAUUCCCACGAUGCCUCAGCCAAUCGAGAGAGUAUCGGUGUCAACUCAGACCAAGAAGUUAAGUGCCUCUUCCCCAAGGAUGCUGCAUCGAAGUACCCAGACCACCAGUGACGGCGUCUGCCAGAGCAUGUGCCACGACAAAUACACCAAAAUUUUCAAUGACUUUAAAGACCGGAUGAAGUCGGACCACAAGCGAGAGACUGAAAGAGUUGUCCGCGAAGCUCUGGAAAAGUUGCGUUCUGAAAUGGAAGAAGAAAAAAGACAAGCUGUAAAUAAGGCUGUAGCCAACAUGCAGGGUGAGAUGGACAGAAAAUGUAAGCAAGUAAAGGAAAAGUGUAAAGAAGAAUUUGUAGAAGAAAUCAAGAAGCUAGCAACACAGCACAAACAACUGAUUUCUCAGACCAAGAAGAAGCAGUGGUGCUACAACUGUGAGGAGGAGGCCAUGUACCACUGCUGCUGGAACACCUCCUACUGCUCCAUCAAGUGCCAGCAGGAGCACUGGCACGCAGAACACAAGCGCACCUGUCGCCGGAAGAGAUGAAGCCGGCCCGCGCCGGCCACUCCUCAGACACAGCGGUUUUUGUUUCCAAGAAGCCAAAAUUGUUUAGAAUUUGCUUCCCAUUUUGCACCAGCCUUUAAACACUUUUCGUGAAGAAAUUUUGCACAGUAGUUUAAAUCUUUUGUUAACGCUCCUCCGGAGUUUUUCAGGGGGUUAAAGUAACAUCAGUGGAGGGUAUUAUUUUAAAUGAAUUUUAAUUGAGAAUAUGUUGCAUUUUCAGCAAAUUUUAAAACAUUUUUAGGUUUUACAGAGAUUUUAACCUUUAAACAACAGAUCUUUAAAAAAAAAACCACAGGUGAAUACAAGUGAGUUUAACAAAGAAACAUUUAGAGUAG